AUGUCUCCCGCAGCCGCGAGCGAGCGGUGCAAAGAGGCAGCGUCGCGCAUGCUUUUGCGUAAGGCCGCCGCCGACGACCGCUGCGCGGACUGGGCCGCCGCCGGCUACUGCGACUCGGCGUCGCACUCGCAGUACAUGGCGGCGACGUGUGCGGACGCGUGCGCUGCGCAGUCGACCGAGGCGGACGUCGACGCUGCGAUUGCGGCGGGCAACGACACGCAGGACGCGGCUUCGUGCGCGAGCUGGGCCGAGGCUGGCUACUGCACGCACCAGGACUAUGUCGAGUAUAUGCUCGUCAACUGCGCGGCGAGCUGCCGCGGGGCUGGAGGGCCCUCGGCCAUCGGCGCGGAGGGCGCGGCGAGGCUGGGCGGGGGCGAGGGCUAUCUCGACUGGCUGCGCGGCGGCCUCCGCCGGGCGAUCGCCGUCGUGUCGGCGCGCUCCGGCAGAGGCGGAGGCGGAGGCGGUGGCGCGGCGCCGGUGUCGCUGAACAAGGAGUGCGUGGCGUGGGCAAAGCUCGGGUACUGCCACGCGGGUCCGAACCAGGUGUACAUGAAGCAGACCUGCGUCGCGGAAAACUCGCAGCGCACCGCCACGCGUGACACCGCAAUCUCAUAA